GUCUUGAGAAGCAAUUUAUCGAAGUUUGGAAAGAGUUCUUCACUUCUAUUAUCGCUUUCGCUCUUCAAAAGCAAAGACAAAGAAUGGGACGAAAACUCAUUUAUGGCUCAAACGAUAACUCCAUUGAAAGACUUGUUGUCGGACUCGGAGUCCAUGCGAAAGAAGUUUGAGUUAUUUGUGAUGAAUGUUCAGAAAGAGGUUUGCCAUGAAAUGCAACGAAUCGAGAACCAGGACAACGACAUCGACGGCAAACAACACGAAUCCACUCACUUUCGGGUCGACCGCUGGACUCGCGAAGAGGGCGGCGGAGGCGUCACGUGUGUCCUCGAAGACGGCCGAGUCUUCGAGAAGGCCGGAGUCAACAUAUCUGUGGUUUACGGCACUCUUCCGGCUCAGGCGGCGCAACAGAUGAAGAGUAGAGGCAAACCAUUCAAAGAUAACGCCGAACUGAAGUUCUUCGCCUGCGGUGUCAGUUCAGUAAUACAUCCCAGAAAUCCAAACGUUCCGACCGUUCACUUCAAUUACAGAUAUUUUGAAGUGCAAGACGUGAUCAACGAUGAGAAGCACUGGUGGUUUGGCGGCGGCACUGAUAUGACACCCUAUAUAUUGCACGAAAACGAUUGCAUUCAUUUCCAUAAGACGCUGAAGAAUGCUUGCGAU